AUGGGUUCUAACUCAAUCGCAGUCAAUGCAGUCUCUCCUGGUCUGUCCAUUUGGUCCUCACAAAAUUUGGGCGCUGAAUUAGCCAGCUUGGCCCUGAAAGCACUCGAUCCGACUGGGAAUUCAGUUAUCCUGAACGAUGGUUGGGUUACCGGGACCGCGGAGUCUUCAUUCGAUCCAGCGCUUUACUCCCCAGAACCUUUUACGAAAAGUGACUCGUGUCAUAAUCACAGUCCCAAACAUCGUACCUCAACAUCAGAUGAUACGUCCGAUCAGCAUGGACCACAAGACCGUGUUCGAUUGGCCAGCUCAGGAGGUUUAGCUGGACGUCGUCCCCCGACUCGUGUUGUGGUUGAACCACCAUUGGUCUUACCCCCUGGUGUGGAACUGAACACAAUCUACUCGGUCUAUUCAUCCCCUUCGGUCAGACAAAACGGUGAUCAGGAGGAUUCCGAACGGUCGACCUCAGUAUCACCAAAAUCCAGUUCCACCAAACCCACUAAUUCAUCUCCUUUCCUUCCGGAGUUGUUGGUCCGAAGUGGUUCAUCCGAGCCCCAUGUGGCCACCCCAACUCCACCUGCCGAUCCCCCUUCACCGACCCGCGAUCAUCAUGCCAAUCUAAUGGAAUCAGAUCAGGUUAUAGUAGAAGCUCAACCGCUCCUCACUCUAGCUUCCCCCGCUGGCAGUCCAACACCGAGUAUGAGUGCUAAACACAAGAGGUUUGGUGUCGAACUCCCUGGUCUAUCAUCUGCGAACCAAGUUGUUUUGCGUCAUCGCGAACGACCAGGUUCAACACCCCCAGCGACUUUCGACCUCAGCGCAGCCGAAGUUCGACGACAGGCCAAUACGGCUCUCCUCUCCUCUUUGAAGGGUUUAUCCCAGUCCCCGUGA